CUAUCAGAUAAAAAUUAAGGUUGUUAACCUUGAAAAUAUUAUCAUUCUAUAGUAGUGAGCUGUUUACGUAGCUCACUCACACAAAUACUUCAUUCACGGCAAUAUUUAGUAUCAGUCGAACUUUGGUCGUAUAAAAUGACUCGAUUAUCUUGUUUAAUACAUAUAUCGAAGCGCUUAUAUUCUGGAACUUCUGGAAAAAUAAAAGCAAGAAAGUAUGUUUUAACAAAAUAUUUUCAAGGAGAACCAAAAGAAAGUGACUUUAAAAUUGUUGAACAGGAACUUCCGGAUUUAAAAAAUGGGGAAAUAUUGACUCAAGCAGAAUAUUUAAGUGUCGACCCAUAUAUGCGAGCGUAUAUGAUAGGUUAUAAGCUUCCAACUGACAUGAUAGGAGGUCAAGUUGCCAAGGUCAUAGAGAGUCGAAAUGAUAAAUACCCCGUUGGUAGCUACGUGACAGAUUCAUUUGGUUGGCGAACUCAUACCAUCUGUAAUCCCGAUAAACCGCUAGCCAAAGGGACCAUACCACUGGUACAAGUACCAGACCUUAAACCGUAUCCCGUGUCUUUAGCUUUGGGUGUACUUGGUAUGCCUGGGAACACAGCUUACUUUGGACUUAAAGAAAUUUGUUGCCCCAAAGCCGGUGAAACUGUUGCGAUUACUGGGGCAGCGGGCGCAGUUGGAUCACAUGUGGGGCAAAUUGCCAAGAUAAUAGGUUGCAGAGUCAUAGGUUUUGCGGGUUCAGAUGAAAAAUGUGAGUAUUUGGUAAAGGAACUUGGAUUCGACCACGCGUUUAACUAUAAAAAAGUCGAUAUUAAAGCAGCACUAAAAGAUGCAGCGCCUAAUCGUGUCGAUUGUUAUUUCGAUAAUGUUGGAGGUGAUAUAAGUUAUACUAUAAUGAAUCACAUGAACAAAUAUGGUAGGGUGGCUAUCUGUGGAUCUAUCUCAUCAUAUAAUGACGUGAAAACUCCAAAAGUGAAAAUAUUGCAACCGAUAAUCGUUUUAAGAGAAUUAAAAGUGGAAGGAUUUUUGGUCAAUAGAUGGACAGACAGGUGGAAUGAGGGAAUAAGCAUGAAUCUAAAAUGGCUGCAAGAAGGCAAAUUAAAGUACCAAGAGAAAACAUAUCAUGGAUUUGAUAAUAUGGUGGGAGCUCUUAAUGGAAUGUUAAGGGGCGAGAAUUUAGGAAAAGCUGUGGUUAAAGUAAACUGAGAGACUUAUUAACCUGUUUAUUUUUUUAAUUAAAGUAUUUAUUUUAAAAUAAUGUA